UCGAACUGACUAUCGAUAGGACACUUUGGAUGUCGUGUUUACAAAUAAAGAUUCGUUUUAACAUUUUGCUAUUGAGUUGAUCAACCAAUAAUUUCAAAUGAGUUUUCGAGCAUUGGGUAAUGCGGCAUUAAAAGCAGCUGCAAUGAGAAGUUUAUUUAAGUCAUUGGAAAGUCGGCGUGGAAUAUCAACAAUAGGAAUAAAGUUUAGCAAGGCAUAUGAUUACGAUGGCAAAACAAAAGUUUCCAUAUUCAACACCGAAACAAACAUGGGACUUAUGAUAACAGGGUAUAGCCAGUAUGGAUUCCGGCUUAACAACGAUAUGGUACUAAUAGGCCCUAUUACUGUAUUCCCCAGAUCCGUACUAUCGUGGAACGUAAAUUCAUACGAAGACAUAACUGAAGAAAGUCUUUCCCUUUUCCCAACAUUAGAACCUAAAAUCGAUGUACUGAUAAUAGGUAUUGGAGACCAGAGUCCGACAGCUACUCUUACGAAGCGAAUUAUUCAAUUUAUGAAAAAGUACAAUAUAAAUGUAGAGAUUCUUCGCACAGAACAGGCGUGUGCGACAUUUAAUUUUCUGAAUGCUGAGGGCAGAAUGGCGGCAUGUGCUCUUAUACCUCCACUGCAUAUUUCUUACAAUGAAAAUGAUGUUCUUCAAACAAAGUUAAAACAAAAACAACUUUACGAAACUGAAUAAAGAGCGAUAUA